AUGGCCGAACAAGCAGGUGCCGCGCGCAUACGUCUCGCCGCUGAAGAACAGUUGCGCAAAGACUUCCCGUACCUCAAUACCGCAGCUUUGGAAGAACUCUUGGAUCAGAUCACUCUCGUCGCCGAGGUUGGCCUGAAGAAACGAGCUCGCGCCAUGAGACGAAGCAAGGCCCGUAUAAGCUUCUUCAGUCUUCCCGCUGAGCUUAGGAACGAAAUUUAG